GAUUAAUACAAUCAUGGUGUUAGAAGCCUCAUUUGUACUCAUUGACAACUCAGAGUAUAUGAGAAAUGGUGAUAUCCUCCCAAAUAGAUUUCAAGCACAAGUCGACGGAGUAGGACUACUAGCUCAAGCAAAGAUGAAUAUGAAUCCAGAGAAUACCGUUGGUUUAAUGACAAUAGCUGGCUCCUCCCCUGAGGUUUUAGUGACGAGUACAGCUGAUGAUGCAAAGAUAAUAGCUUCGAUGCACGACGUUAAAAUAUCUGGAGAAUUGGAUUUCAUACACGGUCUGCAAGUCGCACAAUUAGCACUCAAACAUCGUCAAAAUAAAGUACAAAGACAACGUAUCGUCGCAUUCAUUGGUAGCCCUAUAAGUGAAGACUCAAAGGAACUUGAAAAGCUUGGUAAAAAGCUGAAAAAGAAUAACGUCGCCGUAGAUUUAGUAGUUUUUGGUGAGAUAGAUGAGAAUCAAGAAAAGUUGGAAAAGUUUAUACACACCCUUGGUGGCACUGAUAACAAUAGAAUACUCAUAGUUCCACCUGAGAAUAGAACAAUUUUGAGUGAUUACUUGAUUAACUCACCUAUCGUUAGAGGUACAGUUGACCCAGAGGAGAGUGGUCCAAGUAAUCCAGCACCAUCUGGCUUCGAAUUCGGUGUUGACCCAUCACUUGAUCCAGAAUUGGCUAUGGCAUUGCGUAUGUCCAUGGAGGAAGAACAAGCGAGACAGACGGCAGGUGAUCAAGGCGCUGAACAAAGCACCCAAAUGGAGGACAUAAAGGAAGAGAAAGAGAAGGAUGAGAAGGGCACUCAAGCUGAGAAAGACGUUGAGAUGUCAACAGCUGAUCAACCACAAUCAAAACAGGAAGAGGAUACAACAAUAGUAGAUGCAGACGAUGCAGAUGACGAAGAAGCUGAAAUACAAAAAGCAAUAGCAAUGUCAAUGCAAAACGAUAACCAAGAGCAGAAAUAAAAUACACAAUAAUAUCAUUUGAUGUUGCAUUUUGACC